CAGGUUUCUCGUGUUCAGGGGGCAGACUGCUGGUUUGUUGUAGAAAAUAAAAAGAAAGAGACAACGAUAAGAGCUGAAGCAUCAAGCUGCCAGCACAUUUUCUUCCUGUGAGACAGAAACAGUCAGUGAUGUCGAAGCUGAUUUGCUCUCUGCUUCUCCUUUGCUCUCUUCCAGCAGUGGUUCCCCUCUUCUGUUACACCUGUGUGUUUCCCGCCAUCUCACCUCUGGACUGCAUCAGAUUUCCUCUCAAGUGUCCGCCCGAACAGGUCUGCCUAUCCAGCAGAGCUGUGGGUGAGAAAGGAGACUUCCUUGUGGUGUUGUAUGAGAAGAGCUGUGUCCUGCCCUCCCUGUGUGGAGCCAAGGGAGAGAAACACACCAUGGGACUCAACUUCACCUUCACCAAUGAAUGCUGCAACACACACCUGUGCAACGGAGCCGAGGCACCUGUGACCCGCUCCUGGACUGGCACAAUACUCACACUUCUCAUUUCAUACUCAGUUUGGUGAAUAGAAAAACAUGUGGCAGAGAACUAGCUUAACACACAUGAAGCGGCGUUGCCUUUUUCUGAAGGGACCCCUUUUGAGUAAAAAGAAUGACUCCUGACACAUGUUAAGUGAUGUAUUAUAUUGAUAUUUCAUAUUGUAAUCAAUACAUAAUAACACACAAUAACAGUGCAGAACAACUGUAUAGUCAAACCAAAGUAUGAAUGCAAUAACUGCAGAAAAUGUGUAAAAUAUUACAUUUUAACAGAUUAUUUCCUGUGAAUGUUUCAUCAGAUAUGAGUUUUCCUGUUAUUUUAAAAGGAACUUAUAAUCUUAUUCUUCUAUUUUAUUUAACAAUCAAAUAAACUUAAACGUUGCAAGAACUUGCUGACGCCCAGGUUGUAACCCCCUGCUCUAAAGGACUGUCAUUGAACACAACUAACUUUGAAUAAAUAUGCACUAAUCUUAACCGAGGUAUGCCUGUGAAAUGAAAAACACAAUUAUGUUUGUCUUAUUAUUGCUAACUCAAGACGUACCUUUUAGGUUAGCGAGUUGUUUCUGGACACAAUAGCUGGGAUAAGUUUAACGUGUUUAACUUCCCAUGUUUUAAUAUGUUCAGAUUGUGAUAAAACAGAGAGUUUUGCAAUUUGUGUGUAAAUAUGUACUCUUUGUAUUAGAUUCUCCACUAAAUGGGGAAGACAUUUCAUCAAAAAGGCCACACAUACAGUGGUAGCAUUAGCACAAUUCAGAGUAAAGAAACAUAAUUGCUC